CCAGUUCAGUUUCCAUUCGGGCACUGAAAUCAUACUGACCUCAGCCGGUGCUCCACCGUCCGGUGAGUUCUUCUGUUGCUGCCCCUCCGUUAGCGGCUCGUUGCCCCUCCAUUUUUUGCCAACUUAUUAAAUUGUCCGGCACCGUAUUCGUCGUCCGGUCAGGUUUAUAAGAAAGAAAGACCUCGCUGACCUUUCCUCUUCUCUUCCAGUUCUUCAUCUUUCAUCUAUUUCCAAUCUCCAUCUAUCAAUCUUCCCUUUACCUCUCUUCUACCUCAUCAACCAUCACAAUGGGUGUCCUCGAACAGCUCUCCCGCAAGGCCGGUGUCAUCGUCGGUGAUGACGUCCUCCGUCUCUUUGAGUACGCUCAGGAGAAGAACUUCGCCAUCCCCGCCAUUAACGUCACCUCCUCUUCCACUGUUGUUGCUUCUCUCGAGGCUGCCCGUGACCAGAACUGCCCCAUCAUCCUGCAGCUCUCCAACGGUGGUGCCGCCUACUUCGCUGGCAAGGGUGUCAGCAACGACGGCCAGAAGGCUUCCAUCGCUGGUGGUAUCGCCGCUGCCCACUACAUCCGUGCCGUUGCCCCCAGCUACGGUAUCCCCGUUGUCCUCCACACCGACCACUGCGCCAAGAAGCUCCUGCCUUGGCUCGACGGUCUCCUCGAUGAGGAUGAGCGUUACUUCAAGCUCCACGGCGAGCCCCUCUUCUCCAGCCACAUGAUCGACUUGUCUGAGGAGCCCGUCGACUACAACAUCAACACCACCCAGGCCUACCUCAAGCGUGCUGCCCCCAUGAAGCAGUGGCUCGAGAUGGAGAUCGGUAUCACCGGUGGUGAGGAGGACGGUGUCAACAACGAGGACGUUGACAACAACUCCCUCUACACCCAGCCCGAGGACAUCCUGGCCAUCCAAAACGCCCUCGCUGCCGUCAGCCCCUACUUCUCCAUUGCCGCUGGUUUCGGUAAUGUCCACGGUGUUUACAAGCCCGGCAACGUCCGUCUGCACCCCGAGCUUCUCUCCAAGCACCAGGCCUACGUCAAGGAGAAGACCGGCUCCUCCAAGGACAAGCCCGUCUUCUUCGUCUUCCACGGUGGCUCUGGCUCCAGCAAGGAGGAGUACAAGGAGGCCAUCAGCUACGGUGUUGUCAAGGUCAACGUUGACACUGACAUGCAGUACUGCUACCUGACCGGUAUCCGUGACUACGUCCUCAACAAGAAGGACUACUUGAUGAGCAUGGUUGGCAACCCCGAGGGUGCUGACAAGCCCAACAAGAAGUUCUUCGACCCCCGCGUGUGGGUGCGUGAGGGUGAGAAGACCAUGAGCGUGCGUGUCAAGGAGGCUCUUGCGGACUUCAACUCUGCUGGUCAGCUGUAAGGGUUUUCGAACGCCUCUGAUGAAUUUCUUUUUUCUUUUCUGUUUUAAUUUUUUUUUCCCUGACUCGUGGUCUCCGGUGAUGAAUCACGAAGACUUGACGACAUACCAAAAUACCAGUACAUAAAG